CGCGUCUUCCAAGCGCAGAUACAUAUUUCCUCACAGGCGAGGUUCUCCCUGUCCCGGAUAAUCACGUACGCUCUGACAACUCGCUUGAAAAAACGCGGAUAAAAAAUAAUAUAGCGUCACAAUCUUAUCACCAAUACAUAUCUAAUAAUUUCCAAGAUGUACAAAACAGUACGCAAGGGCGAUACCAGCCUUCAAUACACAAUUCUCCCCCAAACGGACCAGUUCAAUGCCAGUGGGUUUCCGCCAGCUGGAAAUAAGCCACGACCAAAAAUCAUCAAAUACACUAUGGGGACACUGAUGAUACUAAUAAUAUUGUCCUGCGUCGCGACGCCCUUUCUAAUGAAUCAAAACGACCACAAUCUAUUUGCUGGUACGAUCCUGGCAAUGGGCCGAGUGGAUCAGGAUGUCUUUACGAACGCAAAAGGCAAAGGUCAAGAGCGUAGCACAGAUGCGGAAAAGAGUAGGACCAUCGGUACCCUGAAAAAUACACCAGAUGAUUUUGACAGAAGGAAAGAUAACGAAGAUACAACCUCGACAGGCAAUUUUAUAGAGAAGGAAAACAUUACAGAGGCGACAGUCAAAGGCCUAACCUCAUCAUCGUCGUCUCUGAGAACUACAGCAGCUUCGUUAUCUAGUACUCAAAAAAUUUUAUCAGCUCUAAGCACUGCUAUGCCUACAGACACAAUCCUGUCAUCGAGUACACCAGUGGAUUUAAUUUCAUCCUUAUCAUCGACCAAAGUACCUUCGAAUCCUUCUAGAAAGUUACCCAGGGUCACUUUAAAGUUACGAGAAAAUGAAACCAUACCCCAAAUGUACAUGAAGGCCGGUAUAGCCUCUUACAAGAAGGGUAACAUCACGACAAGCGUUCUGGCCCACGGUUUGAGUCUCGAGGGUCUCAUCUUCAAGACUCCCGAAGGAACGAUAAAACCGUGGCAGCAAAAGUGGCCGUUCGCCGAAGGGUCUUCGUACUUCCAGUGGAAGGGUAUCAACCAGGUAUCCGUCAAGGUCUACGUAGUACUUGCAUACCUGGCAGUUUUGGCAAUAGCGAGCUUCGUCCUGAUGUUCUACGUGCACAGAAGAGCGUCCAGGGUCCAUCGAAAAAAUCUUGAAGAACCGGAAGUGGACGGUCAGGAAGAGGACAAAUCCACGUUACUAGGAGCUGAGACUAAGGAUGCCGAAGAGAAGGAGUAAUCCGGUUACUCAUUUCGAUUUUCAAAAAAAAAUCAUCCUAUACUUAGACUACUAAUCGCCUAUUUGUACAACACAUCAGUUAGGGUUAGGUCUUCCACGCGAAAUUUUGACAGUGGCGAUCUUGACUUCAUUCGAAUCCUUCAAAUUUUAAUGAAAAAUUUGAAAUGACUCUUUGAACUUGAGCCCUUGGUCACGUGGCACCCCUUUCGAUUGUACUGUUCGUACGGUACUGCGCAUGGCUCUCACUGCUUUGAACCAAUGGAACUGUAGAGGCGAAUACGAGGGAACGUAAUUAAUGAAGAAUCGGAGAUAACGGGUGGGAGAAAAAUUUAACAGUUUUAUCUGUGUGCUCACUAUUUUUUACUCGUUGCUAGGAAACUAUAAGGACAGCGCUAAUGGCGCUUUCUAUAUAAUGUGUCACGACUGUUUAUCAUGAUGGUUGGUUAUUUCUAGAAUUUCUUUUGGUCUUAUUCUUUCACUCGAAUUCUGUCAUUGGCACAUUCGUUAUGUAAUGGUAAAUUUAGUAUGACGCGUAUACGUAUCUUCGCUUGUGAUAAAACAAUGACAGGUCGAAUAUUCAAAACAAAGUUUCAUUACGGAAAUUUUUUCUUGUCAUCGUUGAAAGGAAGAGCGUCCCGAUGCCUUGCGUGGUGCUUUCGUAAGGUUAUGUUUGAUUUACAUGAUAAAUCUGACGAUUAUGGAAUUUGAGGUUAUCAUUUUUAUUUUUUAUUACACGAUGAUCAUCAGCGUGAUCUUGCUCGGAUACCGUUUAUUGGUAAAUUAAGGCAAUUUAUGAAGGUAACAGUCACGUAUAUUAUUACUAAUCGUGUGAACUUGAGGUACCAAGUAUUUUGGGGCUUACGGGGCCUUUUCAAAGAGGCGACACUGACGUUUGCACGUGAUAUUGAUAAGACGUUUAUAAACAUUAUGAAGUGUUUAAGAAAAUUUUGUGUAAUGGCGACGGGAAGAAAUAAGGUUUAUGUUGUUGUUGAGAAUUUCCUUGUCAUCUUUUUUGUUGUCUUUUUGUCAUCUGGAAAGAGGGGGGAUUUAAGGGGGAGUGUAUGAGUAUGGGAGAAAGGAGGGACAGAAAAGUAGGAGAAUUAAAAUAUUAAUUUAUGGCGUUUGUUUGGAUUCUGUUUGAGUUAAUUUUUUUUAUCCCAUAGAAACGUGGGAUAUUUCAUAAUUAGCUUCGAUUGAUAUGGGAGUUAAUGAUUAUUGAACAAUUUUAAAUACUGGUGGCGCGUGGUUAAGAUUUAUAAACGCAAGGAACUUAUAGCCAUUGUAAAAAUCCAACUUCAAUGAUGUUUAGAGAUUUUUUGGAUUGUAUUAAAAAAAAUGAAGGACUCGCGUAAUGAUUAUUUUUUAAUUAGAUUAUAACGUACAGGUCAAAGCAAAUGAUCAGCAGGUAUUACUAUUAUACUGUCAUACAGAAUUUUCAGGAUUUAAUAUUUACCUACCUGAGAUCCUGUAGUCAGGAACUCAUGGGACACAUUAGAUGGGAAUUUCCGUACAAAGAUAAUGUUCGAUGCACUGUUGAGAAAACCAAAGAAUAAAAACAAGACACUUAAACGCGGUAGCUGAAAGAGAUAUGACGGUUAUCGUUUCUAUUUUGAAGAUUGUAUUUUUUUAACUUUAUUAAUUUUCGACUUCCACGUAUAAUUAUAUCGUAAUAAAUUAUUGUAUAUACCCUAAUAUGGGAUCGUACAAUGGGAAAUAGACAUCUCCUGAUUUCAUGUCGUACUUAAUAAUUGGAAAAAAAAAUGGGAAUUUCUUUCCCAUUAUGCGAUUCACGUUGCAUUAGCUAGCUUAGGUAGGCCAAAUAAUUCUAUGUAUAUAAUUAAUACUGUAUGUCAUGACAAUUACGAUACAGUUAUCGAUUAUGGUGUUUAUUAUUGAAAAUUGAAUUGUUAAUUGAAGUUGGGAAAGAAUAGCUCACGCCUAAUUAGGGCCUAUAAGUGUAUAAAAAUUAAUAAAAUAUUAAAAGAUACCUAA